UUGUAAAACAAAUUAAGAGGAGGAUUCUAUUUGUAUGGCAGCCACAACUUUAGACACAUGCUUGGGUAAGCAAUUUUAAAUUCUUUUACUUUUAUAUUUGGAAUCUGCCAAUUAAUUUGAAACUUAAUUCCUGGGGCUUAUUUCGAUCCUUACACAAAUUAUUUUGUUUUGCACAAUUAACAUUAUUAUGAUUUAGUUAUCAAACUUUAUUAGUUUUUGGACAAAUAUUUCCCCUUUUUAUAUAAAAUAUAUAUAUGUACCGUACAUGUUUAUUGAGCUUUCACUCAGCAUUAGUCUUAGACCUCCUCAAGGAAAGGAAAUUUAUGAGGUCUGCCGAGUUUGCGCUGGAAGUAUUUCAGGAACUCCAUGGCCUAUUGGCCUGGGGUGGAAUCCACUUCCAUAAAGAGGGAUCUUAGGAUCUGCUGAGCCAUCAGUGGAGCCCAUAUAUAUCCUAUUUAACUUUUACUUCUCUCUGUGGGCUUGCCAGUCUUUCCUGUCCUUUUGCCAAGUGUGUUCUGCCCGUGCUCUGGUACAUAGAGUGUGAGCACAACAAACUGUCAAGAUGUCAGAGAAAAAGUUGACAUCCAGCCGCAGGUAUCACUUGAAGAGCCUGCUGCUCUCCAUUGCUGCUGGUUUGCUGGAGGCUGAAGCCAAGCAGCUUGUGGAGGAUAAGGAGUCUUACUUAAAUGAAAACUGCCCACCACUGAACCUUCAAAGCUCUACACAGGAGCUGCAGGAUCUUUGCAAGAAGCUCCAGCAGAACAUUGACAAGAUUGAUGAGGAGAGAUAUGACUUGGAGGCCAAGGUUGCAAAGACAAACAAGGAGAUUGAGGACAUGAGGAUUAAAGUUCAGGACCUGAAGGGCAAGUUUAAGAAGCCUGCGCUCAGGAAAGUGCGCAUGUCUGCUGACCAGAUGCUUCAGGCUCUGCUCGGCUCCAAACACAAGGUGUCUCUGGACCUGAGAGCCAACCUUAAACAAGUCAAGAAGGAAGUCAAAGAGGAGUCUGCAGAACAAGUUGGUGACUGGCGUAAGAACAUUGAGGACAAGGCUGGUAUGGAUGGCAGGAAGAAGAUGUUUGAGUCUGAGGCUUAAGAGAAAGUGUGUGAUUAUUUUCUGAUACACCUGUUGUUCUGUAACCCUGUAACCCCUCCACUCUUUUUUUCAAUAAAGGCAGUUUACUCAUCAUGUUUUACACGCAAUGUGUAUGAUUUUAAAUCCAGUGUAUGCUGUGUACCAAAAUAUAUAUGUUCCCCUUUGUUUUUGCUCAUACAUAAAGCAAAUAAAAUGGUUUAAAAGAACACAAAA